AUGGUCACCACACGUGAUGUCAGCAACCUUGCAAUUGGCUGUCCCGGGAGUAUGGGGAGAGUCGACUCUCCAAAAGAUGAGGUUCUGACAACCCAAGUCGCCAAUGUAAAGGUGGAGGUGAAGAACCAAGAUGCUCAGAAAGGCGCAGAACAGAAAGGCGCAGAACAGAAAGGCGCAGAACAGAAAGGCGCAGAACAGAGGUCGGAAGAGGACAUUUCGACCCAGGAUGUCAUGGCCGACUUAACUACCAUUCCGGAACCCCGCGCAGAUGAGCCUUCGAAGUCCAGACGAUUGAAUUUGCGGUCGGCUGUCAAAAUAGGAAGCCUGAUAGACGUACAACUAUUGAUCAAUUCGCCAGACGUGGACCCGGACGAAACAGAUCAAGAUUCGCGCACGGCGUUGUGGUGGGCGGCUUGGAGUAAAGGGGCGGGCGACAAUGCUAAGGUAACAGAACUGCUACUUGCAAAUGAUCGUCUGGAUAUUAAUGUUGCCGACGAUUGCGCUCGAACACCAUUAUAUGCAGCCUCAUACACAGGCAAUGUGGAGGUAGUGGAACUCCUUCUUGCAGAAGCUAAUCUGGAAGUGAACGCCAGGUGCAACAGAGAGCCAUACGAGGGGUCAACACCGCUACAUGUAGCUGUGGACCGCAGGCACAAGGAAGUGGUUCGACUCCUUCUCACACGGCACGACAUCGACGUCAAUAGUACUGACUCGAAAGGAAAUACACCACUGCACAUGACCAUCGCAGAGAACCGAAUUGACAGAAGCAUAGCCAGACAGCUGCUUGCAAAAAAAGAUGUCAAUCCGACCAUGGAAAACCGAAAUGGCCGAUCGCUCCUGGAAGCAGCCGCCUGUUUUGGAUAUUCAGGUUUCGUAGAUGAAAUGCUUUCAUCAGAAAACACCCUUGGGAAGAAUCCGCAUAGAGUUCGUCAAGCACUUGCGAUGGUAGCCGCGGGCGAGGGACAUGUUCAAGUAUUGAAAACACUGCUCAAACAUACCGAAGACCUAAGGUCAGGAGACAAAUUUCGACGGACACCCCUGCAUUGUGCAUCAGAAAAUGGACGUUUAGAUGCCGUGAAGCUAUUGCUUGGAUUACCUGGAAUCGACGUACAUGCGAAAGAUUCCAGAGACCAGACACCGCUGUUUCUAGCUGUUCGUCGAGAAGUGACAGCGGUUGAAAAGCUUUUCCUGGCGCAUGAUGGUGCUUAUAAAACAGAAGAGCCCUCUCAUAGCCGAGCACUCCUCAGAUACGCUGUUCAGACUGGAGAGGUGGGUGUGGUGCAGUUGCUUUUGGAAGGAGAAGAGGGCCAGGAGAUCUACGACAAUACCCUAGACGUAUACGGCCACACACUGAUGUGGUCAGCUGUCGAGAAGGGGGACGAAGCAAUGAUGCGGAAACUUCGGGAAUGGGAUCACACAACCUUACAUUCACUGGUCAACAAAGGAGAACAAGCAUCAGUGGAGGGCCUGCUCAAGACUGGCUAUAACCCCGACACCAAAAAUGUGUAUGGCCAGACAGCACUACACCUUGCGAUUUUACAAAACCGCCUGAAAAUUGCCAAAGUACUCAUCGAAUCGAACGCGAAUGUCGACUGCAGGGAUGCGACACAUGUCCGCAGCUUGUUAGCGAAUGACUGGCUGAAAGCAUAUGAUGAAAAGACGUCCAAAGUUGUGUUGCUGAGGGAAGAACCCGAGAGGCGGCAAAGCAUUAAGUUUAUCGAUACAGACAUAGGUACUGCUGAGCUGCAGCGCGUUACUGCCACGGCCGAGGUCAACCGACGUUUGUUGUGA